AUGGAGCAGUUGUGCACCACCCUCGAAGAAGCCUUCUGGGACUACAAAGAUCUCUACGCUGCCGAGAAUCCAGACGUCUUCCCUGCAGUGACCUUCAAGCAGUUCGUGGAGCUGUGCCGGGCAGAGCAGCCGCCCUUCUGCAACUUUCGCUCUUCGCCGCGGGACAUGGCCGACUGGUACCUCAAGUACAAGCGCACGCUCAACAGCUACGGCGCCAUCCUCCUCGACUCCACGCUCAAGAAGGCACCCACCUGCGUGAUGGUGCGCGGCAUCGGCACGAGCAUCUGGGGCUUCCCCAAGGGCAAAGCCAAGUUCGUGCCCAAGGCACGCCAGAAGGAGGGCCCGGGCGAAGCGGAGGAGGCCGCGGGUCCCGCGCUCGAUAUGGAAAAGGAAACCGCCGUGGAGUGUGCGAUCAGGGAGGUCUUCGAAGAGCUCGGCAUAGACCUUACCGACCGCAUCGACGAGAAGCUGCUCAUUGAAUGGAAUGUGGGGAAGCGCAAGGCCGUCUUCUUCAUCAUUCCCAAUGUGCCGCGAGACACACCUUUCGCGCCGCAGCUGCGAAACGAAAUCGAAGAGAUCGCCUGGAAGCCCGUCGGCAUGCUGGCGGAGCUCAACAGUCACUACAAGCCCCUUGCCGAGAAAUUGCAACAAUGCAUCGCCGACUACAAACCGCCAAAGGACGAGAAGGACGCCGCCGGGAGGGAGAACGGGGCCGAAGAGGCGGACGACGAUGACGACGACGAGGGCAGACCGGGGCACGCCGAGGGGCGCGACGCCUAUCCCGGGAUCGCCUUCAAGCUGCGCCGGAUCAAGGAGGGCUGCAAGCGAUGCCCCCUGUGCGGCAUGUGGUUCAUGCCCGGGCGCCAGCUGCACAUGGCCCGCCACCUCAAGACCUGCGCCGAAAUGGAACUCAAACAGCUCGAGGGAGAGGCGCCCAAUGCACAACCGCAGCAGCCCCAGUCUCAGCCGCAACCUCCGCUUGUUCACCAGUUGCCGCCUCCCGAUCAGUGGGCGGCCGGGGCGCCGCCCACGCCCCACCAACAGCAACUGCCGCCACAGCCCAUCUACUCCCCGCCGCCGUCCAUGCCCAUGCCCGUGCAGCAGCAGCACUACGGCGGCCCACCACCCCAGCAGCAGCUCUACGUGCCGCAGCCGAUGGGUCCCUCCCCGCCCGCUACGCAGCCAGCCUCCGCCCUGCAAGCCCUCCAGCAGGCCCUGCAGAAGGCAGUCGGCGAGCGAAUGGCACAACAACAACAGCAACAGCAGCUCCCCAGCCCGCCUCAGUCGGCCUUCAGCCCCUCUCCUCCGCCCUCCUCGUUCGGCGCGCCGCCGCAGCAGCAGCAGCAAAUUUUCCUCCUGCCUCCGCUGCAGCCUUCACCGCCGCCGCAGUAUCAACCUCAGCAACCGGAACAGCCCUACCACCAGCAGCAGCAGCAACAGCAGCCACCACCCUUCUAUCACCCGCCGCCGUCCCCGCAGUAUCAUCAGCCCCAACCUCCUUCACAGCAACAGCAGCCACCACCCCAGUUCCUGCCCGAUCAGCAGCUACAACAGCCACAGCAUCAACAACAGCAGUUCACCAGCUUUUUCCCUCAGCAGCAGCAGCAGUAUGCACCACCACAGCAGCCGCCAUCCGGAGAGGUUCCCCAUCAGCAGCAGCACUACGGCGGCCCACCACUCCAGCAGCAACAGGCAGGCCCGAUGCAGCCGCAGCCACCACCGCAGACCACGCAGCUGGGCCAGACGCGAAGCCAGAUCCUGGAGGGUCUGCAGGCGCUUUUGCGCGGUCCGUGA